AUGAGCAAAUGUAGAGAUUGCGAGAGGUGCCAGUUUGAAUGUGAAGCGAAGGCCUGCACCUGUAGAGCUGUGUUGGGACGCUUCCCCAUGCGCGCAGUUUCUGCAUGCAGAGCAAGAGCGCGAAGACGUCGCUACAUGCGCAAAACGGAGGCAGAAUACAUACAGCUGGAGGAUGUCUUCCUUUCAGAACCGCUGGAAGGACCUCAUUUGUUCCAGCUUGGGGCUGCUCUAGAAAGUCUAUCGCUUGAUGGUGUGGGUGUGAUCCCAACUGACACGCAGCACGCUUUCGUCACUGCCAUUAGCAGCAAAACCGGAACGCAGAGGAUCUAUGAUAUCAAGGGUGUGGCGACCGACCAGCGGAAACCCUUGAGCCUCCUGUGCUCAGAUUUGUCCAUGGCGUCCCACUAUUGCGACAUGACAGCCAUCCCUCGACGUUGGUUCCAGGCAAUGAAAUCUUGUCUUCCAGGACCCUACACAUUCAUAUUGCGUGCCUCAGCGGCUGUGCCGCGCGUGGUGCUUGAACACAAGGCCCACUUGAAGAUCUGGAAACGACGGGAGGUUGGCAUCCGAAUCCCAAACAAUUCCAUUGUUUCACAGAUGGUUGAAGAUUUGGCAGAGCCUUUGCUCGCUUCGUCAGCGCCUGCAAAUGCAUUUGAGAUCUGGGAGCAGGACAGGUCAAAACUAGACUUUGUGGUAGGCGUGGAAGCGCUUGAUGCUCCGAACGACCUUGACAGAGUUUCAACUGUCUUGGAUCUGACUAUGGAGGAGCCAGUGCUCCGAAGACAGGGUGCUGGAGAUGUCUCCAUAUUUGAAGAUGUCAUUGAGGCAACAGUUUUCCAGUCAUAG